CCCCUCAUCUUUCAACUGCAGUGACAGUCAAGGAUGUGUACAUAAGAGCUUUUAUUGGAUUACGCUAUACAUGUAAUAUGGCAUUUGCAGCAGCCGAAGACAAAAGCACUGGAAUUACUUUAAGUGACAUUAGUCUCCACGAGCCACACAUAAAGAAGAAUGCAAGAGCUUCUGCGUCAUUUCCAGUUAUCAAGCCAAAUCUGAGUGCUCAGCCAUCACAGUAUGCUGUUAAAAUAAUCCACCAACUUGGGAAGGUCUUUUACCAGUGGUUCAAAAUACCAGCCACCACUUGUAUUGAGCAAGAAGAUGACCUAUCUCUUGAGGAGUCAGUGUACAUUAUCAGAGAACUGGCUGCUGAACUGGACAGAGUGGUACAGUCCAAGAAGUUAUCCUUGAUGACUCGAAAGAUUAAAAAUAAAGGAAGUAACAAAGAACAUGAAGAACAACAGUAUUAUAUUUUGCAGUGGGCAAAAGAUCUUGAGAACAUAAAGACAAAACAAAUGGACAAGAAAGAGACCUCCUCUGAGCAGUUGUCAAGUGAAAUGAAAUUUAACAAAGCAAAAAAAAUCUUGUCUGACUGGUUUUGGAAACUGAAAGAUUUGAAACAGAACUCAGUAUGUCCAAAGGGGGGAUGGGAAGAAACACUGAGGGAUCUUCACAAAGAGUGGAAGCAGGGAGAGUCCAGCAUGCUUCCAGUAAUGGACUGGAUGGUAUGGGCUGUUCUACAGUCAGAAUGCUCUGAGGAGGAUUCCGUCCCCAGACUGUGGGUAAGGAGUAAACAGAGAUCCAAAAUCACAGUUGGAUUACGGAUUCCUAACACAGUUUGGAAUUGGAUAACAAAAUCAACAGCUGAUGUAAUUCUGGACCCAAACACAGCCAACCCAGAUCUCCUGGUCUCUGAAGAUGGAAAAUAUUUGAAAGCAAAAAAAUAUGGUCAUGAAUCUUGGAAAGGGUUCCAAUGGAAACGUUCUAAAUUUGAUGGCUGGACGUGUGUCCAAGCUGAAGAGGGUUAUAACACGGGUAGACAUUACUGGGAGGUAGAUGUGAGGAAGAAACAUGAGUGGAGGCUAGGAGUUGUAAAGGAAUCUGCCCCUCGGAAUGGCUAUGUCACAAUGAACACAAAAACAGGGUACUGGAAUCUGCGCUUGCAACUGGGAACUUUGAUGGCUCUGACUGAACCAGUCACUAAAGUCAACCUGCCGACACCCUCUAGGGUCGGAGUUUAUCUGGACAUAGAGGAGGGCCAUGUCUCUUUCUAUGAUGCAGUUAAAAGAAUACAUAUCUUCUCUUUUAACACUGACUUCAACGAGACUGAAAACAUUUACCCAGUGUUUGGCACUGUUGAGACAGACAGAGCAUUGAUAAUUUCAUCGUAAAAUGUAUUUCCCAAUUUAGUAUA